UUAGAGAGCAAGAACAAGGGAUAACAACUUGUUGGGUAAAUUCGAGCUCUCUGGUAUCCCUCCUGCCCCUAGGGGUGUCCCCCAGAUCACCGUUUGCUUUGACAUUGAUGCCAAUGGCAUUUUGAACGUCUCUGCUGAGGACAAGACAACUGGACAGAAGAACAAAAUCACAAUCACUAAUGACAAGGGCAGGCUGUCUAAGGAUGAGAUUGAAAAGAUGGUGCAGGAAGCAGAGAAGUACAAGGCUGAGGAUGAGGAGCAUAAGAAGAAAGUGGAGGCCAAGAAUGCGUUGGAGAAUUAUGCCUAUAACAUGAGGAACACAGUGAAGGAUGAGAAGAUUGGAUCCAAGUUGAGUGCUGAUGACAAGAAGAAGAUUGAGGAUGCCAUUGAUCAGGCAAUCUCGUGGUUGGAUAGCAAUCAGCUAGCAGAAGCUGAUGAGUUUGAAGAUAAGAUGAAGGAGUUGGAGGGAGUAUGCAAUCCCAUAAUUGCCAAGAUGUAUCAGGGUGGUGUUGCCCCAGACAUGGAUGAGGAUGCUGCUGGUCCUACUCCGGCCGGUGGCAGUGGUGCUGGCCCUAAGAUUGAAGAGGUCGACUAAGCCAUUUGGUUCUUUCUAUGACCUGCAUAUUUUAUUUUGUUCACGUUUGGACUUCGUAUUAUCAUUUCCUUUUGUAUUUUUUUUGCAUUCCUUUCAUAAUUAAGAACGCUGCGCUUCCUCUCUUGAGGAUGUAUGUCUUCAAGGAUCUGUCCGUUUUUGCUACCCAUAUACAUUAAGGAGACAAUCUUUUUGCUAUCAAAAAAAAUAAAAAAAAAAAAAAA